AUGAACCCGCGGAAGUCUCACAGAUGCCAUAGUAACAUUAAGGUCGCUGAUAGGGGUCAGAGAGGUAUUCAUGCUGAGGUCAAGCUUCUCCUUAGAGCUGAAUGUGCCUUUCAGAACUUUGAAAUCUGCAUGCGUAAAAUCCUGGUGUCUGCUUUUAAUGUUCUGGUUUACACAUAUUCCCAAGAACAGAUGUUUGCUAUGUUGGACUACUGUCAAGAAUGGAUGAUGACGACUGGCCAGAAGAAUUGUAGCAUCACUUCUUCAGACAUUGUGAAGCUUCUGUUCCGCCCCAAUCUGCAAAUGAAAACAUCAACACCAAGGAGCCAGCGUUCAUUUAGGAACCCGCAAAUGGAUGAUAAGGACUACAUCUCUGGCUUCUGUGAAGUUAUAUUUUGUCAAGGCAAAAACUACCAUUAUGUUCCAUUACUAAAGACGUGGAAAAAUGCCCAGACGUACUGCAGAAACCACUACGUGGAUCUGGCAACCAUUGACAGCAAAGCUGAAAACCUUCUUCUGUAUGACUGGCUCAUGAAUUCUACAUCAGUAGCCCACAUCUGGAUUGGGCUCUACCGGGGCAUCAAUAACUUUAAGUGGUCCAACGGGGAUGCCGUUCUCUACACCAGCUGGUGUGAAGGUUGUAUAAAUGAAUUUGAAUGCACGAGGUUGGACCCAACUGGCUGGUGGCUCACGGAGAACUGCAGUUUACAACUGGAAUUCAUUUGCUACAUGACAGACACCAGUGGCAACUCAUAUCAAUAUAUACUGAUCCAGCUACAAAAGACAUGGAGUGAAGCACAAGCCUAUUGUCGUUCAAACUACUCUGACCUCGUCACCAUCAACAGUGACAUCACAAAUAAUGACAUCUACAAUUUAGCGAAUGGCAGGACAGUCUGGAUAGGCCUCUACAACUAUGCCUGGAAGUGGUCAGAUGGGACAGCGACAACGUUUCUAAAUCCACAUAUAGAUGCCCUCGACUGCAUGGCCUUGUGUUAUGUGUCCCCAUACAUAUGGCAUAGUAGGUACUGCAGUGAUGUAAAUACUUUCUUCUGCUAUGAAGUGAAACAACAAACAUCAAUCACUGACACAUCUGGAGCCGUCCCCUGCAACUCCACCCGUGUAUUAGUGAAACAGGACAGUGAGAAGGACCCCCACCUGGCUGUCUACUCCUAA